GAAGCAGUUGACCAUGGUUGUAGACAAACCAUUUGCUAUAUAGUCGGCAUCCUCAACUCGAACGUGAUGGAUGUCACUCUCUGAAUCGCUCGUGAAGUACAUAUCAAAGCCACAAUAAUUCAGAAACUAUACGUGAAAUCUAAUACUUUGGUUUUUCUCAACAACUGUUAUCAUUUUAUGCGUUAAAAUGAUUAAGUUAUUUGCUUUUAGCAUUUUGCAAGCUAUGAUGCUUGUUGCAGUCGCUCAAUUUCAAGGACAAUCGAAUUGUGUGUCACUUUAUGGUGUAUCCGGUCAGUGCAUCGGAUUACGUCAAUGUCCACAAAUACUGAAUAUUCUUCAAACACGACCCCUUACACCACAAAUAAUAGAUAUAUUAAGACAAUUACAGUGCGGUUUCGAUAGUCCUGACAACCCUCGAGUAUGUUGCCCUAUACAAAACGGAAAUAUCAAUACAGCAACUCGGAGCAAUGAAUCUCGUAUUGAUGAUAACACCGGAAUAAAUUCGAAUUCUUGGCAACAAAAUACCAACAAUCAAAAUCUACAAUACGAUAUUUUUAACAAUCCUUUGCUUCCUACUGAAUGCGGCAAAGAUUUAACUCAAAGGAUCGUCGGUGGAGAACGCGCAGGUCUCGACGAAUAUCCAUGGAUGACACUCUUGGAAUACCUUACAUUAAAUGGAAUGUAUACAGCUUGUGGUGGAGUCCUUAUAAGUCAGCGUUAUGUUCUAACGGCAGCUCAUUGUGUCAAAGGCAAAGAUAUACCAAGUACAUGGCGACUGCGAAGUGUCCGUUUAGGCGAAUACAAUACCGAUACCAAUCCUGAUUGCAUUAAGGACGAUGAAAACAGCCAAAUUUGCGCGGACGAAAUCGUGUCGGUUGAAAUCGAAGAACAAAUUGCUCAUGAGAAUUACCGGCCACGAUCAAGAGAUCAGAAAUAUGAUAUCGCUCUGCUAAGAUUGUCCCGUGAUGUUACGUUUACCAAUUAUAUAAAACCUAUUUGUCUGCCACCAAAUGCUUCUCUCGGACAAAGACUAUCUGUUGCCGGCUGGGGAAAGACAGAGAACGGUUCAUCGUCGAACAUAAAGCUAAAACUUACGUUGCCUAUAGUUGACGAAGUACAAUGCCAGAUGACUUAUGGAAACGUAGGAGUGGCGUUGGGUUACGGGCAGAUUUGUGCCGGUGGACAAAAGGGUAAAGAUUCGUGUAGAGGAGAUUCUGGUGGAUCUUUAAUGGCUGUAGAACGAGAUCAGAAUGGUAGCGCUAGAUGGGUAGCUGUUGGUGUUGUUUCCUUUGGACCAUCACCUUGCGGUAUGCCUGGAUGGCCUGGCGUUUAUACCAGAGUAAUUGAUUUUGUACCUUGGAUACUCAGCAAAAUGAGACCUUUUCAAGAAAAAGAAAAAGAUAGCUUUGACGAUAGCUUUGACGAUAGUUUCGUAAUCAACAUGAUUAAUCAUUUACUUUUAGUCGGAAUUUUGGUUUUAUGCGGAGUCAGUGCGCAAGAUAUAUGUACCACGCCACAGAAUAAAACUGGUGUUUGCAUCAAUAUACACAGUUGUCAACCAAUUGUAGAGAUUCUUAAACGACAAAAACCAUUGUCACAGGAAACUUAUGAUUAUUUGAUCAGUUUACAAUGCGGAUUUGAGAAUAAAGAUCCCAAAGUGUGUUGCGAACAGCGUUCGUUAAUAACUGAAUCCACAACCACAACGACAACCACAACCACAACAGAAAAUCCGUUGUUUACUCCCGAUCCCCCAGACGUCACGAAUCAUCCGAAUUUACCAUUACUGGAUCAUAAUUUGUGCGGCCCAAUAUCGCAAGAAAAGAUUUUUGGUGGUAACAAAACACGCAUAUUUGAUUUUCCAUGGAUGGUAUUGCUCGCCUACAAUACUGGGAAACAAAUCCCAGAAUUCAAAUGCGGAGGAUCGUUAAUCAAUAAACGAUAUGUACUCACCGCUGCUCAUUGUAUUACAAUGCUACCGAGUGAUUUUACAUUAAUCGGAGUACGACUAGGAGAGCAUAAUUUGAAUACUGAGCGCGACUGUGACAAAGACGAAGACGGUAUCGAAAUCGUUUGCGCUGAAAGAUAUCAAGAUAUCGGUAUAGAAAGUACCCACUUUCACCCACAAUAUUCAAGAGCGAAAUUACAAAAUGACAUUGGUUUACUACGACUGGAUCAGGACGCCGAUUUUAGACCACAAAAUGUGCGGCCUAUUUGUAUGCCAAUCGGAUCAGCUGCAACUUUGACUAGAAAAAAAGUAAUAGUAACGGGUUGGGGCGCAACUGAACGUGGACCACACAGUCCGGAUUUGCUGCAGGUUCAGUUACAACUAAUAGCCACAGAUAAAUGUGCAGAAAUGUAUGAAAGACAGGCGCGAAUUUGGUACAAGCAAAUGUGCGCGGGCGGUAAAAGCGGUAUGGAUUCUUGUUCGGGAGAUAGCGGUGGGCCACUUCAGGCUCCAGGAAAUUAUAGCCAUAAUUUAAAAUUCAUUCAAUAUGGAGUUGUCAGUUUUGGACCUCGCAUGUGUGGUAUGACAGGAACACCUGGAGUUUAUACAAAGAUUGUGUAUUACCUAGAUUGGAUUUUAGAUACUAUCAGGGCAUAAAAUAUACACACAUAAUAUUGAAAUUGUUGUUAAUAUUUUUGAAAUUAAGAAUUGAUUUUUUAAACAUCGAAUAAAAAUUAAUCUGGUAAUUUCAAAGCGCUUUAUUUAUAAAUUCUUUUUCUGCUAUAAAUAUUGUAUUAAGAUUAUACAUAAGUCUAAUUAUUUGUAUCGUAUAGUUCGUACCGUUUCAAUCUGUUUCCUAAUAACAUUGAAAUAAAUUUUUACUGAUUUUAUUUUUUGUUUAAAUAGAGUGUAAAAUACGUGAAGAAAUAUAAAGAUAAAGAAAAAAGA